AUGGCUAUCGACCCACCUACAGACAUCGCUGAGAUGGAGGUCCAGGAUGUGAGUCCAUACACGAAAGCGCUUGCCAAGAGAGUACUUCGCAAAAUUGAUUUCCGGAUCCUGGCCAUCAUGUUCGUGACAUACAAUUUGAACUUCAUGGAUAAGACGAUUUUGUCCUCGGCUGCUGUUUUUGGUCUCGAGGAGGACAAUCAUUUGGUCGGCACGCAGUAUUCUUGGGUUGGAUCUAUAUUCUACUUUGGUUAUCUGGCUUUCGAAUACCCGACUACAGUCUUGAUUCAAAAGUUGCCUGUUGGAAAAUAUUUGUCUGGGGUCACGCUUUUGUGGGGUGCUAUUGUUGCUUCGACUGCGGCUUGUCAUAGCUUUGGCGGUCUGGCUACUUGUCGAUUCUUGCUUGGUGUUGCAGAAGCUACCAUCUCUCCAGCAUUCGUGUACGUCACGAGCAUCUGGUAUACACGUGACGAAAUUCCAGCAAGAACAGGAGUUUGGUUUGCUGGAAAUAGCUGUGGAGGCUUCAUUGCGUCUCUUCUUGCAUAUGGAAUCGGACAAAUCCACAGUUCGCUUUCGCCAUGGAGAUGGAUGUUCAUCAUCUUCGGUCUCAUCACCAGUCUUUGGAGCGUCAUGGUCUUCUUUCUUCUUCCCGAUACAAUCAGCCAAGCAUCAUUCCUCACAGAAGAGGAGAAACAGUAUGCGGAAGAUCGUGUCGUUCUUGGUGGAACUGGACGUGUCGACCCCAUCAACAGCCGCUGGAAACUCGAGCAAGUCAUCGAAUGUCUCAUUGAUCCAAAGACAUACUUCUUUGCCGCAAUCUCCGUCUUGACACAGAUUCCCAAUGGCGGCACGGGGAGUUUCGGUAAUCUUGCAAUCAAGAGUUUCGGAUUCACGAGUCUUCAGUCAACUCUUGUUUCUCUUCCUGCCUCCGUGAUUUCCAUGGCGACCAUUCUCUCGACAGGGUGGCUAGCAAGUCGAUUUCAUAACAUCACCACGUUAUUGAUUAUUGCGGUGGUACUUCCUCCCGUUGUGGGAAGUGCAAUCAUCUUUUCAGUAAAGACAAAAGGCGUUCGUCUCUUUGCAUAUUAUUGCCUCCAAACGGGACCAUCGGCUAUUCCACUGACACUUGGUCUCAUCUCCUCGAAUUACAAAGGUGUCACGAAGAAGAUGACAGUGACCGCAGUGGUAUUCCUGACAUAUUGCGCUGGCAACAUUGCUGGACCUCAAACGUUCAAGUCCUCCGAAGCGAAACAAGGCUACCCGACUGCUUUCAAAGCCAUUCUCAUCUGCUAUGGACUUGUGGUCUUGAUAUCUCUUGGUUUGAGAUUUUAUCUGAUGUUUGUGAAUAACAGGAGGAAUAAAGUUGAGGGAGACGAGGCUGCCAGAGCGAGGGAAGUGGACAGGACCGCGCCCGAGAAAGCUAUGGCUGAGUUGACAGCGGAAGAUUAUGAGGAUAUUACGGAUUGGAAGACUGUCGGGUUUAGGUAUCGAUUAUGA